CUUUGUGUGUUUCAUUUCACUUCCCCCUUUUGGUCAAGAAGAUUUUCUCAAUCCCACGAUGCCAGGUCUAGGCUCAUCCCCAGGAGCCGUGUCCAGAGAGAGCUUUUAGAAAGUAGAGGAGUUGCAGUGUCUUCCUCUCCUGGCUCUGCCACUUGCACGCUUCAUUGCAGACUGGGGGCUGCUGUUGCUGGGAAAGCCUCUAGGACAGUGGUUCUCUGAGGGAGAGCCCAGAUCUGCAGCAUCUCCUGGGAGCUGAGUCUCAACAAAGUGAAAUUACCAGCCCCCACCAGAGACUUAGUGAAGCCAGGACUCUGGGACUGGCUGGGCAAUCUGUGUUUAACCUACCGCUGUGGGUAAUUCUGAUGCACACCGACGCGUGAGAACCAUUGUUUCUAGGAAACAUUCCAAUUGCCAACAGGGAACAGAGCUGGAGGGAUUUCAGGACAGCCACCAUGGCUGAAAUUCUGUCCCUGAUCUCUGACAGUCACCGUUUGCUUCGCUCUGGGGAUCAGAAACUGAUGCCAGGACCCUGCAUCCCUGCUGCCGCUUGUACCUCGACUGAAGGAGGUUCCUCGUUGGAAACACCUUUUCUCCCUUGGAAUGAAGCGGGGUCAUUUCAUUAAGGUCUCCCAGUAGCUGGCCACUUUCACUUUUUACUCAAACUGUAUUGUAAUUGAUUAUCAUGGAACUUUGGUUUAAAAGUGAAGCAGAAUGCCCUGUCCCCACCCCCACCCUAACACAUUAGCGACUCCUAGGCCCCCACUUCCCCUUCCUACAUUUGUUCAUGACCACCAGGCUGGUCACAGGGUGACAACCACGGCAGGGACACGGUUUUACUUUCUAUUGUUGUUUCUGGAACUAGAAUUAUCAUAACAAGAUUCCCACAGACAUCCAGGGGGCUUGGGGAGCUGAGAGGCUGGAGCAGCCCCCCUGUUUAUUUUGGUGCAGGCCGGCUGCUGGGGCCAAGUCCCAGCCCCUACUGCCUACUGGCUGAGGGACCUUGGGCAAGUUACUGAACUCUGGGCCUCAGUUUCCUCAUCUAUAAAAUGGGAUAGUUGCUACCUUGUAGGACUUUUGUAUGGAGCUGCUGAGGAAAUGCAAACCAACUGGCACCUGUCAUACCUUCCAGCCAGCAGGACGAGGGGUCCCCUACCUGAAGACGACCAGCAGGGUCCCGAGUGACGCCCCUGAGCUGACUGCCUGAGGAGCCCCACGGCCACACCUUUCCCCAUGGACAAAGGACUCGCUGUGCCCCAGGACUGCAGGGACUUUCUACACAGCUUGAGGAUGAGGAGCAAAUACGCCCUUUUCCUGGCUUUUGUGGUGGUGGUUUUUGUCUUCAUUGAGAAGGAAAAUAAAAUUAUAUCAAGAGUCUCUGACAAGCUGAAGCAGAUCCCUCAGUCCCUGGCAGAUGCCAACAGCACGGACCCAGCCCUGAUCUUAACUGAGAACGCGUCCCUUUUGUCCCUGAGCGAGCUCGAUUCAGCCUUCUCCCAGCUGCAGAGCCGCCUGCGAAACCUCAGCCUGCAGCUGGGCGUGGAGCCGCUGGCAGAGGUCCAGGGGCAGGGGCAGGGGGAGGAGCAGAAGCCGCCCCGCCCCCCGGCCGCCACGCCCCGGCGCCACGUGCUCCUCAUGGCGACCACCCGCACCGGCUCCUCGUUCGUGGGCGAAUUCUUCAACCAGCAGGGCAACAUCUUUUACCUCUUCGAGCCGCUGUGGCACAUCGAGCGCACGGUGGCCUUCGAGCCGGGGGGCGCCAACGCCGCGGGCUCGGCCCUGGUCUACCGCGACGUGCUCAAGCAGCUCUUCCUGUGCGACCUGUACGUCCUGGAGCAUUUCAUCAGCCCCGUGCCCGAGGACCACCUGACCCAGUUCAUGUUCCGCCGCAGCUCCAGCCGCUCCCUCUGCGAGGACCCCGUGUGCACGCCCUUGGUCGAGAAGGUCUUCGAGAAGUACCACUGCAAGAACCGCCGCUGCGGCCCCCUCAACGUGACGCUGGCCGCCGAGGCCUGCCGCCGCAAGGAGCACAUGGCCCUCAAGGCCGUCCGCAUCCGGCAGCUGGAGUUCCUGCAGCCGCUGGCCGAGGACCCCCGGCUGGACCUGCGCGUCAUCCAGCUGGUGCGCGACCCCCGGGCCGUCAUGGCCUCCCGCAUGGUGGCCUUCGCCGGCAAGUACGAGAGCUGGAAGAAAUGGCUCGCGGAGGGGCAGGACCGGCUGCGGGAGGACGAGGUGCAGCGGCUCCGGGGCAACUGCGAGAGCAUCCGCCGCUCGGCCGAGCUGGGCCUGAGGCAGCCCGCCUGGCUGCGCGGCCGCUACAUGCUGGUGCGCUACGAGGACGUGGCGCGCCAGCCCCUGCAGAAGGCGCGGGAGAUGUACGGCUUCGCGGGCAUCCCCCUGACCGCGCAGGUAGAGGACUGGAUCCAGAAGAACACCCAGGCGACGCGGGACGGCAGCGGCAUCUACUCCACGCAGAAGAACUCCUCGGAGCAGUUCGAGAAGUGGCGCUUCAGCAUGCCCUUCAAGCUGGCGCAGGUGGUGCAGGCCGCCUGCGGCCCCGCCAUGCGCCUCUUCGGCUACAAGUUGGUGCAGGAUGCCGCUGCCCUCACCAACCGCUCGGUCAGCCUGCUGGAGGAGCGCGGCACCUUCUGGGUCACGUAGGGAGCCUGGGACCAGGGUACCCGUCCUUGUGAAAGUCCCGCCCUUCCUUGAUUGCCCGGGCCGCCCCGCACCUGCGGAGCUCUGCAGAAGACGGGCGGAAGCAGUGAGCAGGGCAAGCUCUCUAUGCAGCUGUAGAAGUAGGCCCCAAGCCAGCCCGCUUUCCCACCAGCCUAGGCCCGGGGUCUCUCACUUAGAACUGGACAGUGCCCAGCCCCCACUUGGGAGCCGCCAAACCCAGACCUAAGGGGCGGGGGUCCCCUGGGCAGGCCUAAGCAGACCAGGCUUCUGUCUCACACAUGGAAACAUCCAUCAGGCACAUGCAAAUGCCUGUAUACCCCGUGGGUGAGGACACUGGCCGGUCACCGCCUUCGAGCCCGGUGUUAACGUUUCAAUGUCUGCAUUGUGGAGACGUCUGGAGUCUGUGUGGGUCCUUGGAGAAGGGGCCGGGGCAGCCCAGGGAGUUCAUGGGGGGCAUUUGGGGAUCAUCAGGUGACAGCAGCUUUUACCAACCAGUAAGGAGUGAAUGUCAAUGUUUCAUAAACAGCUAUGCUGGUGUGUGGUUGAGUAUUAGCCCUAUACCAAGCUACAAAAUACACACAAAUACGUAAAAGCAAUACAUGCAUACCACACACACACAGAGAAGCAUCAGGAAAACACAGAUACACACAUAUACAUACAAGCGUCCCCAUUGCUUUAUGCCCACAUGGUUUAUCUGUGCCACACCUAAAAAGGAGCCUGUAAGUACAUUUCUAGAAUUAUGUGAAGGGGCAGAGGGAAAAAAUGUGGUCAUGUGCAGGGACCCAGUCCAUUGACCAGAUUUGGGAUGAACAGCAGAUUUCGAGCUGCCGAAUCAGCAGCCCCUGCCUGCCCUGAUUAGAUUCUUGCCCUGCUUUCUGUGGCCCAUCCACGUCCUCGCUUCUGGCAACUGGAUGUUUUGAAAUGCGUGGCCAUCCCUCACAUUACUGCUGCCCAAGGCCCCAUCCGGCUCAGCCAGUUCCCGGCAAGCGUGUCCAUAUUUGAAUGCUGCCUGGGGCCUGAGGCAGGAGCAGCUGUGUUCCCUGGAGGUGAAGGGGCACCCACGGUCCUGCUGUUUCCAGCCAGGCCUCAUCAGCAGGGCCAAGAAGACAGUACAGCGUGCUUGUGGGGGAGAAGUCAUAUCAGGGUACCCCUUCCCCUAAGAAGACAGCCUUCUCCUCAGGGACAGAGGUCAGCCAGCCAGUCGCCAUGGUUAUAGCCCAGGGCUGGAAUUUCUCCAUAAGGUUCUGGAGAAGACUGCUCAACUUGGGAUGGGCUGGGUGUUUUAUUUGGGGUUUUUAAGUUAUGGUUUGGUGUCCUUGUUUUGUGGCUGUGUUUUCAGCUUGGUCUCAGCGGGAGUGCUGCUUGGAAACAGCUCUGGGCUUGAGGGACUGAGAGGGCUGGGAGAACUAGCAGGGAGCGCUUUGGUUCCUGCCAGACAGAAAAGAGGCAGAACCUUCUCCCUGAAGGAAGAACCUUCCCCCGGAGCAGUGGGGGCCACGUGGUGGUCCACAGUGCCCCACAGGCUUUUCCGUUCAAACCUCAUGUGGAACAGAUCUCAAAAACCACUGUUGUUCUUGCUGAGUAUCCAGAAGCAGCAUAAAUUAGCAGCCCUCAGCCCCAGAGAAGAGGACAGCCUCUAAAAGGCCUGCAAAUUCCUUCCCAGGCCCCAACACAUUCCCUUGGGGACCAGGGACCUUGUGGCCAAGCAGCAAGUGACCCCAAAGUGGAAGCCCUACCCCAGCUCCCACGGCCAAACCUGAGAGCAGAGCUUCUCAAGAGCUGCGAAAGUUCACCAGGGCGGCCUGGCUCGGGGGAAUUCAUUCAGAUACUCUGUGUCUAAUUUCCUGGACAAUUUUUAGACCAGAUGUGUCCCACUGUCAAACCCCGAGGGCUGAAUUUUGGUUUGAGUAAAUGGACACCAGGGAACGAGAGGGCUUGGGGGUCCAAUUGGUGCCACCGUGGGAAGGGAGGAGUGUGCCCUGCCGGGAAGCCGCUGUUUGAAAGGCGAGGACGCUAGUCAUCUUAUAGGAUUCAUUGUAGUCACCGUAUUUGAGCUGCUGGGUCUCUAUCACCAUGGACUGCAGCCAUCCAAGGUUUUGCAGUCUAAGGAUAGAUUUGCGGGGGAGCUGGUUCUAACUUGCCAAAGGGACUCCAGCCCUGAAAACUUGACCCUGGGCCCAAGUGGGGCCGGGACGUUUCUGGCAGGCCCCCGAAAUGCUGGCUGUUUUUCCCCAGCCCCACCCUGCUCCCCGCUCUGUUCCCUACAUGGGGGUGGGGGUAUGGGGCUGGGGGCAGCCGCCUCUUUGGGGCUCCUCCUAGGACAACAGAGUCUGUGUGGACAACAGACUCUUCCUACAUCUCCAGGGCCGCGGCCUCCAUCCCUCAGCUCCAAGGACGGUACCGAGAAUGGACCUUUGGGACCUCUCAGGAUGUUGACAAUUUGCACACUGCAAGUUGACUUUAUUUAUUUAUUUUGUGAAAAAGAAGAAGCAGAAAAUACCUUAUGAUUUGCAGGGACUCAAGACUGUACCAAAAUCAAGGAAGACAAGUUAAUAAUAAUAAUCAUUCACACGCUCCAUACACGCAAGGACACCCAAAGACGACUCCAAAUACAAGAGGGGGAGAAAAACAAGGAGCGCCCGGCCCGUGUCACGAUGGCCCUGGGGGGCUGUUUAGGGAGACUCCUUGCUUCCUCUAUUGCAGAUCUGGAGAUGCAACAUUAGGGCCCUUUCUCUGUAUUCUCUUUGCCCAGGUAUCUGAGACUGAAUGUAAUUCAGAUGCGUGUUGCCUUGAAAUGUGUCCUCCUGGGGCUCUGCGGUGCCCUGGGACCCCUCGGGGCUGGGGAAGGACAGCGAUGGGGUAAGACAUGCCGUGGGACGAGGGGCUUUCCGUGUGGAGCUGGGACAGGAAGGGGACUCAGCUGGGGGCUGCGCCUCCUUUCCCGCUGAGGCCAGCUCUGGUUUCUGUGCCCCUGCUGGAGCCUUCCCCUCAGGCCACCCCCACCUGGAGACGGGGCAGUGGGGCCGCCCUCCCUCGGCCGCACCAGCUUCCUCAGCACAAGAGGUUCAUUCAGCCGUGAGUGCUUAUUCAUCGCCCUCUUUGGCCUGGCCUAUAUAAAUAGUCCAGAACAUUCCAGGCCUCGGCGAGACAGGGCAGUGUCCCUACAGAGCCGUCGCCACCGCAGCCCGGUCCUGGCUUCACCUCUGGGCCUUGUUUGUAAACUCGGAGUGGCCAAGGGCUGCUGGAAGGUCCUUGGAGGUAGUCAGUGGGGGUGGGGUUCCUGAGCUCCCAAAAGAGGGUAAAAGGAAAGGGAGACCAGCAGCUCCGUAGUGCACACACCCUGCGGGUCAUCACCAAGUGAUUGCCAAGGUUAGGGGUCAUGAGCAAAGUCUAGCUUUUAGUCCCUGUAGGUGAGACACAUGCUUGAAAAUAAAUCAUGAAGUGAACAGAAAAAAAAAAAUUUAUCAAAGAGUUUACUCACUGUCUGCCAGAGCCCUCAGCCGGGAAGCUACUGCCAGAGGCUGGUAAAUGGGGCAGGGGCUGCAGAACCCCAAAAAGUAGAGGGGGCCUAACUCACCCAUCACAGUGACAUUUUUCCUACCCUCUGUGCCAUCUUUUCAGUGAUGGAGUGAGCUCCAGCAGGAGGUGGUGUGGUCCCUGCUGAAGGCAGAUGCUUGGCCUGGAUGGAAGGGGGAGAUGUAUAAGCAUCAGGUGGGUGUCUAGACCUGCCCCCUAUGGCCUCCUGCAAGCCUACAUGAUCCUCUCCGUGCUGGAGCCUGUUUUAGUUGACUACAGGGCCUGUCCCUUGGUAGCCCCCAGAUCACAUGAUAGGAGUAGAUGGCUGGAUGACUGCGUCUCCAGGGAAGUUCCCAUUUGUUGGACACAACCCUUCCCUCCUCCACCCCCCAAAGACUGAAAACAGACAAGUUUCAGGGGGACGGGUUCCUGGGGCAGGGAGAGCCAAGGGGAGAAAGGGGGAACAGAUGCCUGCAGAAGCCAACUCGAAAGCAAUCUUCUGCUACAGGUCUUUUCAAACUGUGGACUAAAAGGAGCAUCUGCUGAAAUCCAGAGAUCCCCCUUUGGUGGGUUUGCUUGUGAAGGUAUCUGGGCUCAUGCAUCCAUCUAGCUGGAGUGCAGCCCAGCCCCACCCACCCCCCAUGUGAACACUUGUUAAUAACUCCCCUGUAUCAGAGGAUGUGGAGGGAGGAGGGAGAAUGCCCAGGGUUUCCUGAAGGCCAGCCACAUCACCUCUCACCGUCCAGUCUCAGGAACAGGGAGGCUCUCUCUACUUCAAUAGAAUGAAGGAGAAUUGGCAACUUCAGAUAUCUUAGCUUCAGGGUCCUUUGCCCUUGUCUCCUUUGUCCCUCUGUGACUGUGGGGGGGGGGGGCAUACUAGUCAUGUUUUUCCAAGGAUGCAGAUGUGGCAGUGUCAUACAGGCCCUAGCUUGUAUUGUAAACCAGGUAGUGUUAGGGAAAUAAAAUGACCCACAUAGCCUGCCUCCUCUGACUGGGCCUGGGCCGUCACCCCCUGAAGUGUCCAUCUCUGAUAUUCUGGACAAGGUUUGCCUGGCUCCUCUGUCCUCUCCUGGGUCCUGCAACUGUCUUUUCAUCGUAACCUUGGUCCUGUGUCAUGGCUACAGUGGUGCAGGACAUGCCCUUCCUGGACAUGCAUAACUGCGUUAUGUACAUGAGUCCAUGGGUGUAUGCCUAGCACGUCGCUCAUUCUGCUUGGCCCCUGGCGCUGCCCCGUGUUGCUCCCGGCCCCCUUGCCCCCCGUAUCCCAGAAGUCCUUGCCGUGGCUGGCCAGGCAAGGGCUGCCCCUCAGAGAGCUGGCAGUCAUGCCAGUCAUGGUCUGCUUUGCGGAACAGAAUGUGAACCUUGAGCCCAUCACCUGAUGGCUUACUUUACUUAUUUAAUUAAAACUGAAAACAUGCAACGAGCAAAA